AUGGUCGAAACCCUGAUAUUGCUGGGUUCACCUCCACUCAACUGCGCACUGGCGACGUCUCUUCGACUGGGGACGAAACGCUUGCAAGCUAAGUGCCAAUUUGAUCAACCACCAGUACACAAACACACAAUGUUUGAUGGCCGCAUAGUCACUGCAGUUUUGUUAAACGUCACCAGACUGAAAGACUUUGUCCGGUGGAAGCAAACUAAUGAGGAUGAAAUCAGUUUGCUGACGAAACUGGUUGAAUUGCUCACGACAAGUGUUAGCGAUUUGCAUUACUAUUGCCUGAAAAGUGCCGCUGCACUUUGUCUGGAUUGGAAUGUCGAAAAUUUGGACGCGCUUUCUUUCGACUGGUGGUCUGAUCAACUUCAAAAUGCGAAUUUCUCAUCAUGUAACGUCUACUUUUUCGGCCAAUUCCUCCUAUUAAAGCUGAUUUACACUUGCUUGAAUGCGUAA